UAAUAUUGAGAGAGAACAAUGUAGUGCUUCGUCAAUAUGUGCGUGCUCGUACGGACAAGGAAAACAACCAGGGAUCGUUGUGCUGAGAAAUCUAGGGAUUCAAAGUUUUGUAACAUAAGUGAUUGAGAUCGUAGGAAGUCAUCCGAUAUAAUUUUGGUCUUAGCCUCCGGCCUUUUUUUAAAUUGUCUUUUAAAUACAUGUAAGACAUAAACAAGCAGAUACUGACAGGCUGGCAAAGAUAUGGCAGUGGCUGUUUUGCCCUUGCACUUCAGGCACUAGCUUCACGUAAUUUUUAAUGAAAAUAAAAAAAAAAGAAUACCCAGAACUGAGAAAUAUUUAUGAGAAAUACACUGUAUAACUCCGAAUAAUAGUUGUCAAAUCAAUUGCAGAAUUUGGUAGUAAAAUGGAAUAUAUCUGUAAACCAGCAUUUUUUCCCCCGCUUAAAAAAAAAGAUUGGCCACGGAGAGUGCUAGUAGUCAAUCCCUGACGUCACAUUUGGAUUCAACGGACCGCGUAACCAGUAAUGCUCACACGAAAGUUACUUUUAUAUGUAUAUAUGCAUUGUGGCAAUUAGGUUCCCAAAGGAAAAUUGGAAAAUGAAUAGAUUAAGUAUAGAAGUACAAAAAAUGCCUUAUACACUUGCCUCUGUGAAAUAUAAUUACCAUAAUGAAUGAACUAUAAAAUAACUUUUGCAUAACAAGCAUCGCUGGUUUUGCGGCCUGUGUGAUCAGCUGUGACGUCACGAACUCCCAACUAGCGCUCCCCGUGGCCAGUUUUCUUUUUUUAAAGCGGGGAAACAGUGCUGACUGACAGCUCGUUCUACAGUAAAGGAAGAUUCUCAUAUUGCAUUGACAAUUAUUACUCCGAGUGAUACAGUGUAUUUCUCAUUAAUAUUUCUCGGUCCUGGGAUCACUAUUUUUUGGAUUUUCAUAAAAAAAGUGUGCGACAAUGGUGUCUGAAGUACGAGACAUUGAAGGGCGUCUGCCAUGUUACUUUUAUCAAGAUGUUAAUAAUUGUGUUUAUUCGUAUUUACUAAAUCUUGCAAAAUUUGAUUGAAAAAUUGGAUAGCGCCAAAGCCGAUAUUUUUUUUCCCAAGGAUUUGUACCCGCUGAAGAUUGAAGUGAUAGAGUUUUCAAUUACAUGAUCUAUCCUUGUUCUAAAAUUUCUAGUUCGUGUUCCUGCGCGGCCUUUUCGGAAGAUGAACACUAAGGAAAAGGAAAAGUAUAUUGAGGAAUUCAACUUUCCCCACUGUGAUGAAGCCACCAAGUAUGAGAAGGUUGCAAAAAUUGGGCAAGGAACUUUUGGGGAGGUAUUUAAGGCUAGGGAUAAGAAAACAAAUAAAAAGUUUGUGGCUAUGAAAAAAGUAUUGAUGGACAAUGAAAAAGAAGGGUUUCCUAUAACAGCUCUUAGAGAGAUAAGGAUACUGCAGUUGUUAAAACAUGAAAAUGUAGUAAACCUAAUAGAAAUAUGUAGGACAAAGGCUGCGCUCUACAAUAAAUAUCGCUCAACAUUCUAUCUGAUAUUUGAUUUCUGCGAGCAUGAUCUCGCUGGACUGUUGUCUAAUGUAAAUGUAAAAUUUAGUUUAGGUGAAAUUAAAAAAGUCAUGCAGCAAUUAUUGAAUGGACUGUAUUAUAUUCAUAGUAAUAAGAUAUUGCAUCGUGAUAUGAAAGCAGCAAAUGUUCUCAUAACAAAAAAUGGUAUUUUGAAAUUAGCUGACUUCGGUCUUGCCCGUGCAUUCAGUGCAAAUAAAACAGGUCAAACAAAUAGAUAUACAAAUAGAGUUGUCACACUCUGGUACAGGCCGCCUGAGUUACUGCUAGGUGACCGUAACUACGGACCUCCUGUUGAUUUGUGGGGUGCUGGUUGUAUAAUGGCAGAAAUGUGGACAAGGUCACCCAUUAUGCAAGGUAACACAGAACAGCAGCAGCUCACAUUAAUUUCACAAUUAUGUGGUUCUAUCACAACAGAAGUAUGGCCAGGUGUAGAAAACUUAGAUUUAUUUAACAAAAUGGAAUUGCCUAAAGGCCAAAAAAGAAAGGUGAAAGAACGGCUCAAACCAUACGUCAAAGAUCCAUACGCCUGCGAUUUAUUAGACAAACUUUUAAUUCUUGAUCCAAGCAAAAGAUAUGAUUCCGACUCGGCUCUGAAUCACGAUUUCUUUUGGACUGAUCCCAUGCCCUGCGACCUUAGUAAAAUGUUGGCUCAACACACUCAAAGUAUGUUCGAAUAUCUGGCACCUCCAAGACGACUGGGUCACAUGAGGCAUCCUCAUCAUCAAGUUCCCGGUGGAACUGCCAAACCAAGCUCCAGCAUGGCAGACAGUGGCUAUCAGGACCGUGUGUUUUAGCACGGUUAUCUUGAACGACAUUAAUUAUCUCUGCCAUUUAUAGAAUUUAAGAAUAAUUUAUAUAAUUGUUAUAAAAAAAAAGAAGACAGACCAGUAACAUUUAAUUUUCCAAGUAUCUUCGAAGUGUUCAGUUUAAAUAGAAGAGCGAAAAAAGAUUAAUAAAAAUGUACAAACUUUUUAUACGCA